CUUUUUUCUAUUAUGAGGAAAAAAUUCUCCACAUUGCUCUGACGUAGAAGAAAAAUAAAACACAAAAUGUAGAGUAAAAUCAGCUGGGCUUUGCUGCUACCUUCUGGUGUUUGUAAAACGCAACAGCUGUUCAAGUAAUAAACUGAUGAUUGGUGUGUCAGUAAGAGAUUGCCAAUGCUGUCAAAAUUUGAGUAUGGACAUUCAUAAAAAGUCAGCUGUUCCUUGUCGCGUAUUUGCAAAAUUUACAUUCGCUUAAAAAAUAAAAAAAUAAUAAUUUUGGAAACACACAUUUUUACAAAAAUUCAACAAAAUGAACAACGACCAUCAUCUAAACUACCCUGUAUAUUUUUUCAAAGGAUAUUUGGGCUAUGAGAACGAGGAAAUGUGGGAUAUUAAUUCAUCGGAACUGGAAAUGAUUGAUAUUGAAGUAGAUACAACAGACGAAGAGGACAGUGGGAUAUCUUACUAUGAAGUCGUUCAAAUUGAUGAAUAUGAAAUUUCGAACAGCAGCUCUCAAGUAAAUCGAAUUUCAACCGACAAUACAACAAUACCGCAAAUCGUUGAUUUCAAAAGAUCCGAUCUAAUGUUGUCGGCGGAGAAUACACGCAGCACGAAUGACACAAGUUUACAACAUUUGAAUUUAAUGCCAAUGACGGAAUCGGCCCAAACGGCUGUAUCAACAAAUUCAAGGCGGAAAAAGAACAGAAUGUGUUCAAAUAGAAUGAUUCAAAAUAAUGCUAUAAUUGAAACAUGGUCUCCUCACCUUUCUUGUCCCAUAUGCAAUUGUCUAUAUACCAGGUUUGUUUUUUUGGAACAACAUUUCCAAUUGGCCCAUCCCGGAAUAGAAUGCCACAUUAUAUGUUGUCGUAAAAAAUUCAGGCAGGCCAUCGACAUUGUCAAUCAUAUAUUUGAAUGCCACGAAAAUGAAUUGGAACCCGACAACUCCAUUAAAAUACAAAGCAAAGAAUACGAAGAAUUUGUUCAACAUUACAUGCCAAUCAUGGGUUGUGGGUUUUGUUCGAAUGUACAACGUGGUUUUGCCAAACUAAAAGAACACUCCAAAGCAUAUCACCCGAAAGAAGUUUGCUCUAUUACGUGCUGUAAUCGCAAAUUUGCCCGCUUGGAAACGAUAGCUGAACACAUACUAGUCCACCUGGAUCCGCAAAUAUUCCGCUGUCGUAUUUGUAAUAAAUCGUAUGCCACGAAAGUUUCUCUAAAUCGUCAUAUGGGUCGAUGGCACAGGAUACCCAAAAGUCAUUUGGUAAAUGUCAAUUUCUUAGAAUUGGCGAAGAGAAAUAAAUCAAUAGCAAGGAUAAAAUUCAAUGACCUGGAUGUGUUCAUUGCUGCCUCCAUACCAGAACUGACAUGCAUUGAAUGUGGUUGCAAAUUUUCAACCUGUGGCAAAUAUAUACGUCAUUUUAAUGAGAGCCAUCCCCGUAAAAAGUGCAAAAUGCGAUGUUGCGGUUUCGACAUACAUUUGCGUCAUAAUUUAGAAGAACACUUGCACAAGCACGGCGAUACAAGUGGUUUCAGGUGCAUUGUUUGCCAUCAAAUAUUUGUGAAGAGAUCCUAUUUGUACGACCAUAUGUGUUGGCAUCAUCCAUACACAAUUAAUAACGAUGUUUUGGAUGGCGAAUGGAUUGAGGAAAUUAAUCGAAAGAAUAUAAUAAACGAGACGGCGUUUAGCCCUGCCGAGGGAAAAUCAUUUCUGAAGUAUGAAGAAACAAAGGCCAUUCACCACCUUUUGGUGGAAUGGGGUGCACGAGCCUAUUUGAAUGGUGAUAAAAGUAUUGCCGAGCCCCAAAUAAGAAGUCAAGCUGGUAUAUUAUGCGAUUUGUUGCACAUUAAUUCAUAUCGCUGCGAUCGAACUUUAUUUGCUGCAUUUUGUGAUGCCGUUGCAGAGAAAUCGCAAAUUAACAAACCAGGAACAGUUUCCUAUACCUUAAAUUACCAAGACAUUUUGGAUAGCUCUAAGCAACGCAUUCAUCCCUUGAUAUAUGCACGAUUCAAGGAAAGACUGAGAGAUGUUGAUAGGUAUAGAACCUAUACGAUUGAGUGUAAAAAACCAUCAAAAAGCUAGAUUAUAAGAAAUUCUAUUUUAACAAUUUAAUUUUAUUUUAACUUACGUACUUAUUAACACACACACACACGUUCGGUCAAGGUUCUACAGAUUUAUGUCACAUUUCUUAAAAAUGUUCUUCAUAUAUUUUAAGCAAAAAAAAAAAAAUAAAUAAACGACAUUCUAUCCGGAAGAUUGGAAAUGUUCUCGGUAUUGUAA